AUGAAGGAAACUGAGGUGCUGGAUGUCUUCGGUAACGAAGAUGGUGCCGAGAUUCAGUACAAGACCAUGACCUGGUGGCAAGGUGCCAUGAUCAUGAUCGCCGAGAACAUCUCGCUCGGUAUCUUGUCUUUGCCUGCUGUUUUGAAAACCAUCGGUCUGGUCGGUGGUAUCAUCGCAAUUAUUCUUAUGGGUAUCAUCACCACCUACUCUGGCUACACCCUUUGGCAGUUCCGUAUGAGAUAUCCCCAGGUCGCCUCUUUCGGUGAUGUUGGUCAGAUUCUUUUGGGCAAGUUCGGACGCGAAUUGUUCGGCUUCGCAUACGUUACUUUCUGUGUCUUCUGCAUGGCUUCUCACGUUCUGACUUUCAUCAUCGCCAUGAACACUCUUACCAACCACGGAACUUGCAGUAUCGUCUUUGGUAUCGUCGGACUGGUUCUCUUCUUCAUCCUCACCAUUCCCCGCACAAUGAAGAAUGUGUCCUUCUUGGCCAUUGCUUCUUUCAUCUCCAUUCUUUCAGCCGUCAUGAUCACCAUGAUUGCCCUUGGUAUCAGCCCUUUGUCAGGACGCAACAUCGUCGCUACUGCCCACCCCAACUUCCCUACUGCUUUCAACAGCGUCUCCAACAUCGUCUUCGCCUACGGUGGACACGCUGCCUGGAUCAGUUUCAUCAGCGAGCUUCGUGACCCCAAGGACUACCCCAAGUCCCUGAUGACCCUUCAGGCCGUUGACACUUCGCUUUACCUAGUUGCUGCUGUCGUCAUCUACUACUUUGCUGGUGACAAGGUAACCAGUCCUGCUCUGAGCAGUGCUUCUGCCAUUGUCUCCAAGGUCGCCUGGGGUAUCGCCUUGCCUACCAUCAUCAUCGCCGGUGUCAUCUUCGGUCACGUCACAGCCAAGUACAUCUACAUCCGCAUCUUCGCUGGCACCAAGCACCUUCACAGCCGUGGUGUUGUCGCCACCUCUUCCUGGUUCGGCAUUAUUUUCGGUAUCUGGUUCAUCGCAUGGGUCCUGGCCGAGUCGAUCCCCAACUUCAGCAACUUGCUCGGCUUCGUCGCUGCUCUCUUCGCUUCGUGGUUCAGUUACGGUCUUCCUGGUGUUAUGUGGCUUUACAUCAUGAAGGGUAGCUGGUUCGCCAACCCCAAGAAGAUUUUCCUCUUCUUCUGCAACUGUGUGUUGGUGCUUUUGGGUAUCAUCAUCUGCGGUGUUGGUCUCUACGCAUCAGGUGUCGAGCUGGCCAAGGACUCCAGCGGCCGCUCCUGGUCUUGCGCUGACAACCGAUAA